AUGGUUUGUUUCAGCUCCUUUUUCUGCAAAGCCCUGAUUGUGCUUGCUAUCACAAUCCAAACUGUGAGUGCUGCUAGUCCAGGCAUUUGGAUCAAUGAGUUUCAUUAUGACAACAGUGGCCGCGACGUAGGAGAGUUUGUUGAAGUUGCCGCCACUGCUGGCUUUGACACAAAUGGUUUCGUGAUUUACUUGUACCACGGAGCGAGUGGCUCUGUGUACGUUGUAAGGCCGGUAUUACCAAUCAGUAAUGUCAAUAAUGGUGUUGGCUUUUCUGUGAUCCAUGGAGGUUUAUGGAAUAGUCCUUCAGGAAUUGCUCUUGUGGAUGGCUUUGGAACUGUUGUGCAGUUCUUGAGCUACGAAGGAAGCUUCACUGCUACAAAUGGUCCAGCUGCUGGAAUGACUUCAACCGAUAUUGGAACAUACGAGUCUGCAGAUCCUGUGGGAUUAUCUCUGCAGCUUGCCGGAACCGGCUGUGCUGCAGCCGACUUCUCUUGGCAAUCUCCUCAAGCUGCAACGAGUGGAUUUGUCAACACUGGCCAGACGUUCAACUGCAAUGAUGGCCCAACUCAUGCUGGACCAAUGGAUGAUCCGACGGCGUCCAUCAAAGGUGACCCCCAUAUCGAAACCUUUUCUGGGACCUGGUUCGACUACCAAGGCGAAUGUGACCUUGUUCUGAUCGAUGCACCAAACUUUGCACCUCUUGCACCACUACUUGUGUUGGUCAGGACCAGAAUCAGAUAUUUGUACAGCUACAUUGAGUCUGCUGUCUUGAAGAUUGGUGAUGAUGUGCUAGAAGUUGGCAGUUUUGGAGAAUUCUUUGUCAAUGGAGUGGACGGGGGCGAUCUGGCUGGCAGCGGAGCAUUUGUGACAACCGUCGGCCCCUAUGCGCUUCACUACCAUCAGACGGAUACACGCUCUCACAAGUUCACCAUCUCACUGGGCAAAGACGAAUCAAUUGUUGUCAAAUCACACAAAGACAUGGUAGCAGUAGUCCUCGAGAAGGCAAGCCCAAGGCGCUUCCAUGGCAGCAGGGGCAUUGUGGGUGAUUAUGACACUCGAAAGAUGUUGAAUAGGCAAGGUAUGGAGAUGGACAUUGCCGACACCAAUGCAUUGGCCAGGGAGUGGCAGGUGCGCCCGGAGGAACAUGGACGGCUCUUCCAGGCAUUCAGGGCGCCUCAGUAUCCUCAGGAAUGCAAGCUUCCUGUUGCCUCUAAAAGGGUUGGUCGGCGCCUUGGUCAACCCAGAAUUUCCCAAGAGGGCGCUGAUAAUUGA